UAUUACUAAACCCCCAAAACAGAAUAAGGUUCAUUCUCUCUCCUCUCAAAAAUGAUGAACCCUAAACCCCCAAUACUGAUUGCUUCAGUCUUAUUCUGCUCAAUCAUUUGCUCAAAUCUUAACCUUAAUCUCUUGCUCGAAUCUUAUUCUGCUCGAUCAUUUGCUCGAAUCUUUUGUUCGAAUCGCUCGAAUCUUCGGUUCGAAUCGCUCGAAUCAUUUGGUCGACUCUUCUGCUAGAAUCACUUGCUCGAAUUUGGAUCGAAUCUGCUCGAAUUGAAAGUUUCAGAAUGGAUAAUGAUAGAAGUUGGAUGCAUGUUGAAGGGUUGAAUGGUAGGCUUCAACCAAGUUACCGAAAUGGUGUUAAAUACUUUCUUGAUUUUGCUUUCAAGGACACUAACCCUAAUUCUGGGGAUAAGAAGAGGUGUCCUUGUUUGAAUUGUCUAAAUUACUUUGACCAUGACCGAGCGACAAUGCGUGUUCAUCUCCUUCAAGUGGAAAUAGACCCUGAUUACAAUCCAUGGGUAUUCCAUGGAGAGGAACAAUCCCUUGACAUCGGUGAGAUGGAGAUGUCCGAGGAGGAAGGUGAUGAGUUAUAUGAUGAAGAUCCUCUUGUAUAAGAAGAGAUGGCUUCUUUGGUACAUGAUGCGACAAAUGUAGUGCCGGAGGAGCACGAUGGGGAUGAAGGGGGUGGAGAUUGUUCUGAGAUUCCCGAUAAAUUUUAUAAAUUGAUGAAAGAUGCAGAAGAAGAGCACAUGCGAUGGCAUAAAGAGAGGCAACAACUUGAUGACAACAUAUUAAGGCACCCAUCCGAUUCAAUGGCAUGGAAGAAGCUUGAUGAAUCAUUUCCGGAGUUUGCAAUCGAUCCACGUAAUGUUAGAUUAGGUCUUUCGACUGAUGGUUUCAAUCCCGGUGGAAAUUUUGGCGCUAAUUACAGCAUUUGGCCAGUGUUUUUGGUGCCAUACAAUCUUCCACCAUGGAUGUGCAUGACAAGUCCAUACAUCAUGUUGUCACUCCUAAUUCCCGGUCCUAAGUCUCCUGGAAUGGAUAUUGAUGUGUUCUUAGAACCAUUGAUUGAUGAACUUCAAGAAUUAUGGGAAGUUGGGGUGAAAACUUAUGAUUCACAUAGUCGACAAAACUUUACAAUGAAGGCAGCCCUAUUGUGGACAAUGAGUGAUUUUCCCGCUUAUGGAAAUUUGUGUGGUUGGAGUACUUGUGGUAAACUUGCUUGUCCAUCAUGUCACAAAGAUACCUCACAUGAGAGAUUGAAGCUUGGAGGGAAAGAAUUCUUUGAUGGCACUCGACGAUUCUUGGAUCCUGAUCAUAGAUGGAGAAUGGAUAGAAAAUCUUUUAAUGGAGAAACAGAAAGGCGACCACCUCAUAUCCCUUUGUCGGGGGAUGAAAUAGUAGAAGCAUUUGAUGGUGUUCCGAAUGUGAUAUUUGGGAAUAAGAGAAAGAGAACUCAAAGAUACUUGUUUGACCAAUGGAAGAAGUUUAGUACCUUCUUUAGACUCCCUUAUAGGUAUUGGAGAGAAAGGUUGAAGGCUGACUAUUUUUCAAAUCGCAAAUCUUUAUUAGAGGCAGAGCGUGCUUUCCCACCUUCAAUAAAACUUGAACAAUGGAAGUGGCUUGUUUAUAACUAUUGGAGCUCUCCUAAGCAGAAGGAAAGGAGUGAGAAGAAUCGGGCUAAUGCUCUUGCAAAGAAGAUCAAGUCGGCAUGUGGUGCGAAAUCAACAGCUCGCAUAAUUUAUGAAUUGGAACUUGAGGCACAAGCUUGUGAAAAUGAGAAUGAGGUCACCGAAAUCAAUGGUUCUAGUUCAAAUGUAACCACUGCAUCCCAAGCUAAUGAUGAUCCCAUGUAUUUAAAGUUAUGGGAGAAGUCAAAGAGGCAUAAAAAUGGGAAGUUUGACGAUGAGGCCGAGGAGAAGUUCAAGGAAUUAAGGGAGUUGCAUGAGAAAGAAAUUGGUGAAAAGGGGGUUGAUAAUCUUACUCUUGAAGAAGCUUAUGUGAAGGUUCUUGGACAUCGUUCAGGUUAUGCCCGUGGUUUUGGCAAAGGGCACCCGGUGUCGUCUAAAGAUGGAAAGAUAGGAAGAGCUGAGCUGGAACAUAAUGUUGAAAAACUACAAAAUGAAAAUAAUAUUAUGCGAGCUGAAUUGGAAGCGUCUAAGAAGAAACAAGAAGACCUAGAACAAAAGCUUCGGUUAAUCAUGGAGAAAAUUGACCUUGAUGCUUAAUAGAGGUAAUAUUUUAUACGAAUUAUCUACACUUAUGAAUUAUCUACUUGCUUAAUAGAGGUAAUAUUUUAGACUCUAGCAUGUCUGUAUCAGUUGCAGAUAACACUUCCCCUGCAACAGUGCUGACUGGUUCUGCUCUUUCAGGGGUUCAUUUGGCUGUUUAUGAGUCUGAUUCUCAGAAGAUCAUUUGGUAUAUGGUUCACUUUUUCUGGACUAUAUGCUGCAUUUUUAUUUGCAAAUUCUGUUUAUGAUGUAGUUGUUUUUAGGAGAGUGAGACAUGUUAAGGUUGUUCAGAAUAAUGAAGGUAGUUCAGAGUAAUGAUCCUAACCUUCAAAUUACCCUUUCAUAGUCAUUAUUAAUAGUGCAAUAAUAUACUAAUUUGUUGCUUUAUUCUUUGAGAUAUGUUCUAUAUACUAAUAUAUUUCUUUAUUAAUUAUUAGAUAUUGUUGAUCAUUUAAUUGCUUAUUGCUGCUAUUUGUUUUUUAUUACAGGUCCUGCCCUUCUGGUUGAUGUACCAAGGGAUAACAACAUAACUGUUUGCAGUUAGGAGAUCAAGUCAAUGUUUUGGGGAUGGAGGACACCAAAAGGCUGGUUGCAAGGAUGAGGAGAUUGUUUGAUAGACAACUUGGUUAAUACUUUUGUAUAUAUUUGCUAUUAUAGAAAACUUGGUUAAUACUUUUGUAUAUACAAAAUUAAAAAUUUAUGCCUAUAGCAUUAAUUAGCACCUAUCAUAGAAAAUUUAUGCCUAUUA